UGUCAGCUUGCCGGCCGGCCAUGUCGCGCGGCGAAGGCAUCACCGUGAACCUGGAGCGGAUGGCGCGCCGGCUGAUGCAGAGGCAGGAGGCGGCGGCGUCCGACGAGGAGCGCCGGAUGAUGGUGAGCACCCACCGGGUGUCCCCCGUUCCGGCGCACCUCCGCGACGCCAACCCGGACGCCUACACGCCGCGGUUCGUCUCCGUCGGCCCGCUACACCGCGGCGACGCGCGGCGGCUCGGCGCCGGCGAGCGCCUCAAGAUGGCCUACCUCCACAGCCUCAUCUCCCGCGGCCACCCCGACCAGGCAGGCCAGCUCGCCGUCAUCCAGGAGUACCUCCGCGUCGUCGCCGCACGGGAGACGGACGCCCGCGCGUUCUACGGCGAGGACGUCGUCAUGUACGCCGACGAUUUCAUCCAGAUGCUGGUGCUCGACGGCUGCUUCAUCAUCGAGCAUCUCGCCAACGUCGCCAUCGGGAGGGAGGAAGCGUCGCUUCACGCCACGCCGUUCGGCCCCGUGCAGCUAUCUGUCGAUCUCAUCCUCGCCGAGAACCAGAUCCCGUUCUUCGUCCUCAUCGACCUGGUCAGAAGCACCAAGCUGCCGGAGUUCGCGUCCACGGGAUACUCGCCGGAGGUGUUGCUGAUGAAGCUGGUGCUGUACUACCUCGCCGGCGAGAAGGGCCGCGACAUGGGCCACGACGCGCUGCCGUCCGCGGUUGAUGGCAUCGCCCACAUCUUACAUCUGCUCCACGCGACGGUCACCGUGGCGCGGACAAAGUGGGAGCCGCCGCCGCGCAUCCAGGACAGCGCGGUGCUCGGGACGGCGCAGGAGGUGGCGCGGCUGCUGCGGCGGCUCCCGCUGCUGCUGCUGGUGCCGCUGCUGUACCCGAUACUGCCGGAGGAGAGCAAGUGGCGCGCCAGCUACGGGCGGGACGACGUGCCGUCGGCGAGCGACCUGAAGCGGAUGUGGGUGCGGUUCAAGAAGGCGCCGCGCGGCAGCGGCCCGGCGGUGGGCGGCAUCGCGUCGGUGAUGGGGCCGGUGCCACUGGCCGUGAAGCUGGCGCACGAGGACAAGCUCCGGCUGCCGCAGCUGCGCGUGGAGCUCCGGACGGCGGCGCUGCUGCUGAACCUGAUGGCGUUCGAGCAGUCGGCGGGGAAACCGGAGGCGCAGGACGUGUCGGCGUACGUGUCGUUCAUGGCGAAGAUGGUGCAGUCGGCGGAGGACGCGGGCGCGCUGACGGCGUCGGAGGUGGUGGUGGUGGUGGGCGGCGGCGGCGAGAGCAAGGAGGAGGUGGUGAGGCUGUUCCGGCAGGUGGGCGCGGCGAGCGGGGAGGUGGAGCUGGAGCGGAGCUACCUCGGGAGGAUGAUGGUGGAGCUCCGGGAUCGGAGCCGGCACCCGCUGUUCAUGAUGUGGGCGGACGUGAAGCGCAACUACUUCACCGUGCCAUGGGCGGUCGUCGCCGAGUUCGUCGCCUUCGUCACCUUCGUCUCCACCAUUGUCCAGAUGUACUCCUCCUUCAAGUCCAAAUGAUCCAUACCUCUACUCCUGUAUACUCCAUAUCUCGCCGAGCAAUUUUACGGUCUAACAAAAAGUAACAAAAAGUAUCUUGAGAUACUGGUAUCUCGCGGCACUAAAUUAUUUCUGAUUGUUGGAUCUAACCACGCACAUCCCACUCAGCUAGAUUCAAUAGUGAGAAAUGAUUUGGUAACUCAAGAUACCGGUAUCUCAAUAUACUUUUUAUUGGACCGAAGAAAAUCUCUAUCUCGUCAUGACAUGUAUGCAUCCAUCUGCAGCUAUCCGAUCUCCUUGCUUAAUUCUUAGCUUCUUCUUAUUGACCUAAUUACUUAUAUGUUCUCUUGGCCUAAUUCUUGGAUUUAAUUGUUUUCUGA